GUGUAUGGCGAAGCGUGCACGAGCGCGCAUGCACGCCACUCCUGUGCAGGAUUGUCUCAGUGACGCAGCACGACGAUUUGGCCCAGAGCAAUACAGUCUAGUCCAACUUCGGGAUGCUGGAGCAUACGAACUCCGCGAGCGGUACCAUGGUCCCAUUUUUUUUUCUCCGAAUGAUCGUCUGAUGAGGGUGUGUGCGCCCCAUGCGCAAGUCGAGUGACUGGGGGAACUUUCCCGAUUUUCUUCUGGUCCACUGUGCAGAUGUGAAACAGGAUGCAUCUGUGCAGGAGUUACAAGUAUCAAGUAUUCCCCGACCGAAGCUCAGUGGACACGCCGACCAUACGCGGCAUCAGCUGGACUCCACUUCCAGAGGCGCUGGACUCAAAGGACACAAUGAAGCAGUUCCUCUCGGAUCGCGUGGUGAAGGCCGCAAGGUCGGUGUACAGUGUGAUGGUCGUGAGGAACCCCGGCUUGAUCCGAGAUCGAAAGUAUCACCUCAAAACUCACAGACAAUGUUGCUCUGGUAAGGAACUUGUCGACUGGCUGAUGGGACAAAAUGAAGGCCUGCAGUUGAGAAGCCAGGCGGUCGGAAUGUGGCAGGUCCUGGUGGACGAAGGAAUCCUGGUUCACGUGAAACACGAAGCGAACUUUCACGACAAAGACACGCAGUUCUAUCGCUUCCUGGAUUCCGAGUGUGGACUGAACCACCUAACAAAGGACUCGGAGGACGAGCUGCAGGAAAGCCUGUCGUUGCUGUCUCAGCUGGGCCCUGACGCCCUGCUCACGAUGAUCCUACGCAAAUGUCCAAAUCAGAGAAGCGCUGAGGACCUGGAGGUCAUUUUUGAGGAGCUUCUCCAUCUCAAGGCCGCCGCUCAUCUUUCCGCCUCGGUGCGGAGGGAGCUGGCAGCUGUGCUGGUGUUUGAAUCACAUGCUAAGGCCGGUACCGUCUUGUUCAGUCAGGGAGACAAAGGCACUUCCUGGUACAUCAUCUGGAAAGGCUCGGUCAAUGUGAUCACGCACGGGAAGGGUCUGGUGACCACAUUGCACGAGGGCGAGGACUUUGGGCAGCUCGCCUUGCUGAAUGACGCCCCGCGCGCCGCCACAAUAAUCCUGAGGGAGGAUAACUGUCACUUCUUGCGCGUGGACAAGCAUGACUUCAUACGAAUUCUCAAGGAUGUAGAGGCUAACACGGUGCGACUGGAGGAGCAUGGGAAAACUGUGCUGGUGCUGGAAAAAUGUGCUGACCCACCUGAGCAGGGAGGAGCUGGAAACAAGUACACCGUGAUGUCAGGAACGCCAGAAAAGAUCCUGGAACACCUCCUGGAAACGGUCAAAUUGGACUCCAAUGGGAAUGAUGCAAUCGAUUCAUGUGUGAGUGACUUCCUCCUCACCCACAGAGUCUUUAUGCCCUCCAGUCAACUGUGUCCUGCACUGCAGAAUCACUACCAGGCAGAGCUCUCUGAGGGAUCCGAGCAAGACAAGGCUGCCUACGUUCUCAACACGAAGCAGAAGGUGGUGAAGCUGGUUGGCCAAUGGGUCGCGCUGUAUGGUCUGCCGCUGCGAGAAGACCCCAUUGCCAUAACCUUUCUGGAGAAGCUGAAGAAGGACAUUGCAGCUAAUUUUCAUUUGUUUGGCGUGCUGAAAGAUCAAUUCCGGGACAGAAGGAAAACAAAAGCGUUGGAGAAUGGAUACCAUUCAUUGGGCAGGAACAACUCAUUUGACUGGUUUCCUCAGAGUGAGGAGCCUGUUGGACGGAUACAGCCAAUGAGAGCGCAGGAUAAAAUAUUGUACGAGAUUUACACGCCAGACCACCAAGCUCUCACGCUGAUGCUGCCGGUCAACAUGUCCGUCCAGGAAGUGAUGCUGUCAUUGGUCAAACCCGGAGGAGAUCACGUGCUGGUCAAGAUGAACUCAGCAGGAGAAAGAGCGGAGUUGAAAUUGGAUGCCACCGGCGUGUUCACCGCGCUGGGACUCAACGAGAGACUCUUUCUCUGCACCAGAAGCCAAGUCGAAAAACUGAUGCCCAUGAAAGCGCAGCAGGGUCCCGAGCAAGGAAGUGCCAACACAUUUGAGCACACGUGCUCCAAGGACCUCGCCAGUGAACUCACCGACUACGACUGGGAACUCUUCACAGCCAUGCAUGAGGCAGAGCUUGUCCAUUACGUUUUUGGCCGUCAAAAGUUCCCGGGCGCCGUAACGGCCAACCUGGAGCGCUUUGUGCGUCGCUUCAACGAGGUUCAGUACUGGGUGGUGAGCGAGCUCUGCCUCUGUGAAGACCUGGUCAAACGAGCUAUCCUGCUCAAAAAGUUCGUCAAGAUUGCUGCAGUAUUAAAAGAGCAGAAGAAUCUCAAUUCUUUCUUUGCCGUGAUGUUCGGUUUGAGCAACAGCGCCGUGCGUCGGCUUUAUAAGACCUGGGAGAGAAUACCCGGUAAGACAAAAAGAAUCUACUGCGCCUACGAAAGGUUAAUGGAUCCUUCUCGUAACCACCGAGCUUACAGGCUGGCUGUUGCCAAACUCAGCCCCCCUUACAUUCCCUUCAUGCCUCUCAUACUCAAAGACAUGACAUUCAUCCAUGAGGGAAACCCCAAUUUAGUGGACCGACUGGUCAAUUUUGAGAAGAUGCGCAUGAUUGCCAAGACUGUGAAAAUGGUGCGACGUUGCCGGAGCCAGCCUCAUGUGCCUUCAUCGCCACAGCGAGGCCUCGCUGAUAGAAUGUUUCUGGAAGGCCCUGCUACUCGCAUAUCUACAUAUUCAGACCACGCCCUCCCUCUGCGGAAUCCCAGCAACAUCCGACACUACAUUCAGAACCUGAAUGUGAUCGACAGCCAGCGCAAACUAACGCAGCUAUCGAGGACACUCGAAUGCUAGCAGCCAUACCCAACGCAAAACCUCUGCGAACAAAUACUCGGCUCUGGUUGGAGCAAUGACGACGAUCUCUUGAGGUGCUGCUAGGCUGGUUGUCGUGGAGACCAAAUCAAGGAAGAGAAAACAACUUCAUGCUGAACCAGAAUCAAACUGAACGGCCUUCCCACACACCGCCGUGUUUGUAUUAUUUAUCGUAUAUUCUGUCGCGUCACGUACAG